AUCACAUCUCGAAAGCGGAAAAUCUGACGAUAUUGACGGCGCUGCAUGACAAUUACGGGAGGUUUCAUGGUUUUGCGGUUUCCUCUAUACUGAAAAGCCUGCAUUCUCUUAAAACACCUUCAUGUCUUAGCGGUUUCCUAUACCCGCAACUGCCCGACACUCCCCCACCUUCUUUCAUACAACGCUAUUCAAAAUCGUAGAGCUCAUCUUGCACGAUUUGCUUGUCGCUGGGUCUGGCUUUACGAAGAACAUGGAGGGCCUGCAGUCCGUCUUUGAAGGCCUCAAAAACACGCUGUACAACUCGAGUUACCAACUAGAGUUGUUGCAAGGACGUCG